UUUUUUUUUUUUUCAUGUGUGCUACAUCUACUCCCUCCUGUUCUCAUUUCACAUCUUUAUUCCUCCUGUUCUCAUUUCACAUCUUUAUUCCCUCCUGUUCUCAUUUCACAUCUAAAGAUGGCUGUAACACCUAGUGGAAGUCUUUAUACGAGAAGAUAAUCAUCAAUGGAUGUGGAAACGAGCAGUCUGGCUUGAGGGAAAACGAGAAGAGGAGCAUACUGUACCAUGUAGCUGGAUCGAUGAGGAAGAGCAAGUCUUAUAUUGGCCUCAAGGUGUAAAUGCAGAGAAGGCAUUGAGGUCUCAACAACACCCGGACUUAAAAUCUUGGAGGAAAUUCCGUUUGGUUAAAGUGAAAAUAUCAUCAGAUAGUUACCAAGACUGUGAAGAUUACCUGCACACAUCUACAGUUGAGGAUACUCUGAGCAGUGCUGACUCUGAUGGUGAUAGUAAUGGUGUAUCAAGGAUCAAGAGAAAACGUCCUAAGAAGAUCCUUCCAGAUGGCUUUGUCAGUAGCCAGGAUAUGCGUGUGUUGCAGGAAGUUACUCCAGCCAAGACAAAGAAAGGGAUUUCACCUCUGAACAAGGUUCCAGAUCCUCCUCAAAAGCUGCCUUCACUACCAAAUGGGGCCACACCAUCACCUCAGUCUCAAACGUCAUCUACCAGAAGCAGAAGUGUAACUUCUACUUCAUUUCUAAGAAGGUCAAGUUCUUCUGAUUGUGAUUGGGAUGUGGAUGAACAACGUUCUCCAAUGUCUGGAUCUAGCCAAGAUUAUUACAAGUCUUGCAACCUGGCCAUACCAAGAAACUUAAGAAUGACAGCCAUAACAGCCUGGACCGACCUCAGCAACAUUACAGUAAGAACCAAAAAGAACAACAUGACAUCAGGGACCAACAAGAACUACAUGACAGCAGGAGCCAACAAGAACGCCGUUUCAGUAGGGACCAAGAACAGCAUCACAUCAGGGACCGACAAGAACAACAUCACAUCAGGGAUCAACAAGAACAUUACAGUAGGGACCAAGAACAUCUCAUCAGGGACCGACAUGAACUACAUGACAUCAGGGAUCAAGAAGAACCACAUUACAGUAGUGACCAAGAACAUUACACCAGGGACCAACAAGAACUACAUGAAAUCAGGGACCAACAAGAACGACAUUACAGUAGGGACCAAGAAAAACAACAUCACAUCAGGGACCGACAAGAACCACAUUACAGUUGGGACCAACAAGAACGACGUGACAUCAGGGAUCAACGUACCAGACGUGAUCAACAUAACCCCUGCAGCCCACCCUAUCACACUGGCAGGGAUGAACGCCAAAUGCAGCUAG